AUCUUUCAGCAUCUCUUUUAACAGUAGCAGCCUACCUGCUAGCAGCUAGGUAACUAGCUAGCUAGUUUUGUAGCUCAAAAGCCUUUCAAAGACAUGAGCCGCAAAAGAAACCAUAGUUUCAUUGAGACAAGCCUGUCACCCGACCCUCAGAACGCCUAUAUGGAUACUCCGGGGCCAGCCGUUCGAGCCGACGAUGAUUUCUUGGAUUUCGAGCCCGACGAGGAGUUGCUUUGCUCGGUUAGCGACAUCACCGAGCACCUCGGCAGAAACAUCACCGUUGUGCUUGAGACGGCGUUGUCCGAGAUCCGAAAAAUGGUCACCGUCAGGAUAAGAGUCCUGAAAAUGGAACUCCGAGAGAAGACGGACGAAAUAGAAAUUCUAAAAGCGAGGUUGGAGACGGUUCAAAGGGACGGUAGGGACCCAUUCCCUGGUUCCAUGACCGGCGAGCCUUCAUCAAUAUUCCGAAAAUCUGACUUUAAUUCAGGCAGUAAACACAAUAGCGGCGACCCCAAGAAAGCCAAACCUGCCAUUCCUGGCGUAAAGAAAGAAAACAUCAACGCAAUCUGUGACUAUUUGAUGAAAGACAAGAAUUCGAGGGGUGGUGCUGAAGUGGAUAGCGAUCCGAGCAAUCCCCCCUCAGGCAGCGACACUCGCCAUGACUCGGAGGCACACACUCUCAACCUGUGGUCGGAGAGCGGACUGCCUGUUCCGGGGCCCGGGCCUGGAGAUGGGGAAUCGGACUCAGCUACCGAUGACAUAUUCGGCAUGUUACCGUCCAGUAGCAAACGGAUCUACGACUAUGAAUGGAUGGCCGGCGUGGAUUACCCGUCAGACUUAAAAGGUUUGAGGGAACCAAAGUGUGAAAGUGCUACAACGGCAGACGAGGUGGAGGAGGAGACGGACGACUCCAAAGGAGAGGGGGACAUGCCUGACCAGGACCAUUCCCAGGGCUCCCUCUCCCACGACCAGACCCCAGCCUUCCCCCUGGACCCCCAGGGCUCCCCUGGAGGGGACAGCCCCAUGGAGGACCCGGGGAAUCGCCUCGAGCCAGGUCAGCAGUUCCCCGCUCACACGUACCUGUGUCCUCUGUGUGGAACCUUCUGCCCCGACGCCUCGUUCCUGGAGGAACACCUCAAACUGAUCCACACCGACGGCACCGCCCCCCAGCCCCUGCAGUCCGCCCCCGGCCCGGCCCCCAGCCUCGGGGAGGGCAGCAGUGACUCCAGGAGGGGGGGGGGCGGGCACCAGGCCGGGGCCCCGAGUCGAGACGGGGCUCCCAGGGAGAAGAAGGUGGACGGGGGCUACCAGUGUGGGGACUGUGGGCGCCAUUUCAACUACCUGGGGAACCUGCGACAGCACCAGCGCAUCCACACCGGGGAGAAGCCCUUCAUCUGCCCAGAGUGUGGGGAGCGGUUCCGGCACGCCGCCCGCCUCAAGAGCCACCGCCUGGGGCACAGCGGGGCCCAGAGCCCCUUCCCCUGCCCCCAGUGUGGCAAGGGCUUCCCGGUCCUCUCGGGGCUCAAGAGGCACCAGCGGGUGCACACGGGGGAGAGCCCGUACGCCUGCCCGCAGUGCGGCCGGCGCUUCAAGGAGCUGGGCAACCUCUACACCCACCAGAGGAUCCACAGUGGGGCCACGCCCUACUGCUGCCAGCAGUGCGGACGCAGCUUCCGCCACCUGGGGACCUACAAGAGCCACCGCUGCACUCCCACACAGUGACACACACACACGGACACACACACGGACACGCACACGUGUACACACUCCCUGUCUCUCGGACGCGCAUUACGAACUGAAAAACGGAAAUACUAAACGUUACAAUGAAGCGUCGGGGUUUGCAGCCUGCUCCGGGCCAUCGCAGAGGUGUGAGGAUGUACAAAGACCGCCCGCUACAAAAGGACUUUUUGGGGACUAAAUGGUUGACUAAAUGGAACGGGGUUAAAGUGCAAGCUGAGCUGUAUGCAGGGCCUUCCUUAUUCCCCCUACUUCAAACACGUCCUUCCCACAUUGCAGUAGCCACUAACUGAACAUGAUUGGAUAGGU